AUGGCAGCAGAUAUCCUCACCAAACCACUCAACAAGAAGCUAUUCGAACAGUGCAGGGAGCUACUUGAGCGUCUCCUCUCCAGCACUUCCACACGGUCGACAGCCACCUCGAACACCGCCGAAGACAUCACCAAAGCACCAGCAUCAAAAACAUCGCCAACAUCUACUGCUCACAUGUUCUCAGGCCUCCUCGCCGCCACGCUUAGCCACGAUCCAGGCAUCAGCAACCCCUUUCUGCUGGGGAAACUAAAUCAAACCUCGUCAUGGCAUUUAUCCGACAUGCUUGUACCUCGAGCAUGA